GCGUCUGUUGAGGACUAACUAAGCUCAGUCUUGUAGAAACCAGCGCCGGACAGGCAGCAGCACCGUACUGCAGACAGAUAGACAGACAGACACACGCACGCACGCGCAAGCAUGUCGCGCGCUCCAGGAGUAGCAGUGGUCAUAGUUGCGUUUGGUUUAUUGCUAUCGGAUGUUAAGUGUCAAAAAUACGAGGUUCCUGAAGCAACCGUUGAAAUUUUGAAACCUCGAGGGAUAAAGAUCUCUAUUCCAGAUUUUGUUGAACAUAUAAGUUUGGUGGCAUUUCACGUGAACAUCAAUGAGGAGUUUCAGACUUUGGCACACGGGCACUACGCACAGGACGUGGUCAAGAAGAAAGAUGGUCGUUGGACCUACCACAUCCCACUUAUCAAACCGAAACAAGGUGAUGUAAUCUACUACUGGAUAUAUGCUAUAAUAGAAGGUCUGGGAUACCACGCUCUGGACAAGAGUUACACAGUCACAGAGGUAAGUCCUCCACCUCCUCCACCCGUAACACCAGACCGGAUUCCAGAUCCGAGUGGUCCUUGCCAAAGCUCCUCUUCCACCAAAAACCGACAAGGCGGUCUGUGUCGAGGACAGAUCAUGCUCCAUAAGACAUUUGAUAACCUCGACGGUUGGAGCUACGAGGUCUUCAUUGGUGGAAGUCACCUGUAUGUGCAUUGUAAUGAAGUAAAAGAAGAUGCAACUACACCAAAAGAAGAAGGAGAAACUGAUUCUGCAUGUCUACUGAUCCCAGAAGACAAAGAAGUGAGAAAACUUAAGAUAGAGCAGUUGAGACUCACUAAUGAAAAUCUUGCAAAAGACAGCUACUAUAAGAGUUUGCAGAUUUUGCAGUUGGAGAGGGCACUGAAAACCCGAAACUCUGACUACACAUCACACCUAGUUGAGGGAGAUGAUGAGUUCACAGUGUUCACGAAAGACUCAAGAGUCAGUUGGUUGGACAACGGAAAGUUGUACAUACAGCCUAUCAUGAUGGAAGAGAGAUACAGCGAGGCUCUAGUCAACAUCGGUACUCUGAAUCUGGAAGGAUGCACUUCUCCAAUACCAGAGGAAUGCAGUCGUCAAGCAACCGGUUUUCUGAUCUUGCCUCCAGUUAUGUCAGCUCGAGUUAAGUCCAAGAACAGUUUCAGUUUCCGUUAUGGAACCGUAGAGAUACGAGCCAAGCUUCCUCGUGGAGACUGGAUUGUACCAGAGCUGUGCUGGAGCCUGCUAACUCCAACCUGGGAGCCAACUGGGGCCGCAUGGUGCUGGGCAUGGCCCGAGGUAACACAGAUGUUGCCAAGAAGCUGUGGCUGGAAGCCUGCUAACUCCAACCUGGGAGCCAACUGGGGCCGCAUGGUGCUGGGCAUGGCCCGAGAGCUGUGGCUGGAACCUGCUAACUCCAACCUGGGAGCCAACUGGGGCCGCAUGGUGCUGGGCAUGGCCCGAGAGCUGUGGCUGAAGCCUGCUAACUCCAACCUGGGAGCCAACUGGGGCCGCAUGGUGCUGGGCAUGGCCCGAGAGCUGUGGCUGGAACCUGCUAACUCCAACCUGGGAGCCAACUGGGGCCGCAUGGUGCUGGGCAUGGCCCGAGAGCUGUGGCUGAAGCCUGCUAACUCCAACCUGGGAGCCAACUGGGGCCGCAUGGUGCUGGGCAUGGCCCGAGAGCUGUGGCUGGAGCCUGCUAACUCCAACCUGGGAGCCAACUGGGGCCGCAUGGUGCUGGGCAUGGCCCGAGAGCUGUGGCUGGAGCCUGCUAACUCCAACCUGGGAACCAACUGGGGCCGCAUGGUGCUGGGCAUGGCCCGAGUAAACUCUGUUGCAGAGCUGUGGCUGGAGCCUGCUAACUCCAACCUGGGAGCCAACUGGGGCCGCAUGGUGCUGGGCAUGGCCCGAGGUAACACGGAUGUUGCCACAACAGAGAACAACCGACUGCUGGAGGCCGGAGUGCUGAUGAAUUCAUCGUCACAGUACUCCCAGCUUACACGGGACGUCAGGUGGGGACAGGACUUCCACACCUACAGACUUGUCUGGUCUCAUGAUCGGCUUGAAUUUUCCGUUGAUGGACAACCACUCACCACCCUCACAUCCAACAGUGGCUUGAAGUCAUCUUUCUUCACUGAAGAGUUCUACAUAACACUUGGAGUCCAUGUGGCUGGAGGGAGAGACUUCCCGGACUCGAUGAGGAACAAACCUUGGAAAAAUACUCAUCCUAAGAGAUUUGUAAAUUUCUGGUUGGAUAAGCAGUCGUGGAGGCCAACGUGGGACAGAGACUCAGCGUUACAAAUUGAGUCUGUCAAGGUCACAGCCCUGUAACCUUUUACUCAUCUUAUACUCAACUGUAUUUAAGAAAAUAAAGUGUUUGUAAUGAAUUACAA